GACAGAACUCUGGAUCAAUCGCUAUCGACCGUUCCGAGACUUAGAGUGCAAUGGGUAACGUCUUCAGUGGGAUAUUUGGUAAGCUGUGGGGCGUCAACAAGGAGAUUCGGAUCCUUAUCCUCGGACUGGAUGGUGCUGGUAAGACAACGAUCCUUUACAGGCUACAAAUUGGUGAAGUUAUAAACACCAAGCCGACGAUUGGGUUCAACGUUGAGACGCUGUCGUAUAAGAACCUAAAGCUGAACGUGUGGGACCUCGGUGGCCAAACGUCGAUAAGACCGUACUGGAGAUGCUACUAUGCCAACACAGCAGCCGUCAUAUUUGUUGUCGAUUCAACGGAUAAAGAUCGUAUUGAUACUGCGAGUAAAGAGUUGCACACGAUGUUGGCCGAGGAGGAGCUGUCAGACGCAGCUCUGUUGGUGUUUGCCAAUAAGCAGGACGUUGCGGGUGCCCUGACUGCUGCUGAAGUGUCGAAGGCUCUGAACCUGUCGGAUUUGAAGGAUCGUAGCUGGAGUAUCGUGGCCAGCAGUGCUAUAAAGGGCGAAGGACUGACAGAAGGUCUGGACUGGUUGAUUGACGUGAUUAAAGAUGAACAACUGUGAGUUGAAUCUCGACUAUUCUACCGUAAAUAGACAAAGAAACAGCUGAGAUUUGUAUUUACAUGAUGGAG